AUGACGUCAUGUUCAACACUUCAAUGUAAGCAUGCGUGAGAUGCUGAUGACGCCAUCGUAAUGUUGGGACCGGUUCGAAAGACCAGUCUUGUCAUAUGGCUGAUAUUGUUGUUAUGUUGUUUAGAUUUGAUAAAAGGCAAGGCAAAGAUACCUUCUGUGUUUGAUUGCCGCAACGAUCAGGAAAAGAAACUUAACUGUACAAAUCACGGAUUUCAAAACGUUCCUUACGACUAUUACAAGGGUUGGGGGUACUAUAAUAUGUAAGUACAUAAUAUUUUACAGACGUACAUAUUUGUGCCAAACUCAUUAAUAAUUCAUGAAGAAAACACAAAAGAAAUCAUGAGCGUGAAGGAGUUUGUAUAUCUGAUAUAAAAUCAUGCUGAUUUACAUAAACUUUAAGUUGGAUUUAUUCACCAAAUAUAAUUCAUUUAUUUUAAUAUCAAAUAUCAUAAAUUUAGUUGAAGAAUACGAAUGUUCUCAUCAAAACGUUUCACAAACCAUUUACAACAUUCUCGUCCGUUUUAUCUGUUAUACAAACUCUCGCUGUGACAUUUAGUCAAAAAAUUACAAUUAUUAUCUUACAGUUUGCUUCGAGUUGUGGCCUGUUAUUUUGUUUGUUCGCAUACUGAUAUAUUACGAAACUUGAGUUGAGGGCACUUUAUCUUCGACGUGUAUUUUGAAUUUCAGUUACCUCAGUGAAAACCCGUACAUCUGUGACUGCAGCAUCGUGUGGUUUCUGCGUGAGCCAGCCGACGUGAGAAAAAACGUUAAGGAUUUGGAUGAGAUGAGAUGCGCCUAUCCUGACAAACUGAACAUGAAAAAAAUCGCAGAAUUGAAGGAAGAAGAGAUCUGUGACGCAGGUAAGAGAAUCGUAUCGUAUGCGCCUCUCUAGUCUGGUGUACACUAUCAAAGUUUCUGUGAUCACAGAAUCUGUGAUUUCAUAUUAUCACGUGUUUUGCUCGUGUGAAUGAAGAGUAGAAAUGAAGUUCUCAAUUUCUUUAGAAAGAGUCAGUUUUAAGAAAUUCUGUAAUCCUCCAGCUGGUAAAAGCAGAUAUUGGAAUUGCGAUAAUCGCGGAUUGGAUUACAUUCCGUAUGAUAUUUUUGUGCGAAAACAAGGAUUGUGAGUACAAUUCUGUGUUGUGUCUGUUUCCUUAUCUAGAACUCGGUCAGUGGCUUUCGCCCCUUUAGGAAGCUCACUCAUGCAAAAUGCACUUGCAUGAAAACAUGAUCUUUUUCUAAUGUACGUCGUUAUAGGUUUGUUAAUAUAGCAGUUCUCUUUAGUUUUUUGUACUUACUGCUCAUGGAUGAUUUAUCGUUGUUUUUCAAGCUCGCUCAUUGGACAGUACUUGUGCGAUUGUAACAUGGUUUGGUUCGUUCGAUAUCUCCUACGGUAUUUCAGGAAACGUUUAAUCCCAAACUUUGAUCGCAUCACAUGUAAAGCGCCAGAUACGUUUUUAAAUGUUGCAGUUGUGACGCUGAAUGAAAAUGAUAUUUGCCCUCAAAAAGGUAUAUUGUUAUUGCUAAUUCAACUUUGAAAUGUCAUUUUUGAUGUUUAUCAAAGCCGCGUGAUAAGAUCUUGCAUAUCAUUCAGUCGAGCACAUUUGCCAGCAGAAAAAUCGCCGAUAGAAUUGCCACCAGGCUUAAAGGAACCAUCCCGGUUAACCGGGCCAGCUGAGUCCCAAAGUCACUAAUUAAACUGAUACGUGUAAGCAGUUCUUAGGCUACCAUUUUACACUUGUACCCAUUAUUAGAUUCAUGCAGAUUAGAUCAGGUCUUGUUUUUCGUUCACUUCAUUAUAAGUGUACGUACCAGUGUAGGUAGUGGCAAUAAAAUAAGAAAGCUUUGGAUUGCUAGAUUUACAACUACCUGAUAAAUACAAGGACGGAGGGCUUUCGAAACGUCGACGUUCUCCUUGUAUUUUUCAGGUAGUUGUAUCCCUAGCAAUCCGAAGUUUUCAUAAUAUUCGUGUCUAUUCUUUCUCGUGAACAGAACCUGAUCUUUGCAAAGCUCGUCCAUGUCCCAAAACAUCGACGUGUGAGCUUGCUGGAAAGAUGGCAUACAGAUGUGUGGGUUAGUAUCUUUCCUGCUUCAGUUACAAGACGCUGAUUUGUUUUCAGAGAAAGCGCCUUCAACCUGUGAGAUCAUGGGUUUGAUUCUCGCUACGGACUCAUGUGAAAAGAGUCAGUCAACGCUCUGCCGAAAGUCGUGGGUUUUCUCCGAGUGCUCCGGUUUCCUCCCACAGGGAAAGUUGACAGGGUGGGUUAGGAUAAACAUAGUUAAGAAAGUAAUAUCACAAUUGUUGUAAAGAUAAAUAGUCUAAGCUUAGUAUAUGUAGUUAGGUAAGCGUAAUACUUGAUGUAAAGCGCAUUUGAUUAUAUCAUCCACAUGUGAAUUUGCGCUAUAGAAAUCCUGAUCUUAAAAACCAUAAACUAUCUUUUUUUUACUCAGACAUUGAUGAAUGUGCUACGAAGCAAGAUGAGUGUCACAAAGAUGCAAAGUGUAUUAAUACUAAACCAGGAUAUAAAUGUCAGUGUAAACCUGACUUCACGGAAUACGAUAAUGGAAGACAAUGCAGGGGUAAGAGUUUUUGUUCCUUUUAAAUGGUUUUUAUUGCUGUAAGAACAAAAACGUACGUAAGCUGCUAUACAUGAGUAAAUUUUCCAAUUUAAGCUUUUUCCACCAAAAUCAUUAUUGUUCUUCUUAGAUGUGAACGAAUGCACUGAUAAAUCACCUUGUUCACAGAAUGCUAAAUGUGUGAACAUUCCUGGAUCUUACAAAUGUGUUUGUUUAACUGGCUUCGUUGGGGAUGGAAAAGAAUGCAAGGGUAAAGUUCUCCUAGUGUUGUUCAGGUAGUUCUAUCCCUAUCAAUAUGAAACACUGACUCCUAUAGUUAUAUAUCUGUAUUAUUUUUUUCAGACAUAGAUGAAUGCAAGACGAAAAAAGACUGCUCAAUUUAUGCAGAAUGUAAAAACACACCUGGCCCUGAUAAAUGUGUAUGUAAGAAAGGUUACCAUGGCAACGGGAAGGUCUGCAGAGGUAAUGGAGUCACCAGUCACUUUAAUUUUUAUUCAUAAUAGUUUUGUUAUUUUUGGCAGGUCUAAAUUGGAAAAUUGCUAGCACGGCGUGUAACGCCGAAUUUUCGACUGUACCUAUAACACUCUGAAAAUAUAAUUUUAUAUUAUCCAUUUUCUUAACUCAGAUAUAGAUGAAUGUGAUGGAAAGGUCUGCCCAGCUCAGGCGAAUUGUCAAAACACCCUUGGCUCGUACUCGUGUGAAUGCUUUCCUGGAUAUCACUUGAAACAUGGUCAAUGUUUAGGCAAGUUGUUGUAUAUAAAUGAUGUAUAUCCUAUCUUUUCAUCAAUAUAUCAGUUUAGUUACUCAUAGACAUUUGUUACUUUAUAUUACACACGUAAAACGCACAAGUUGUAACAAACCUGUAGCAGACUUGUAGCAAUGCUGUUCCAACAACUUGUCAACAUGAUGUGUUCGUACCUGCCUCCGCAGACCCUUCAUUGGACACAGUGCAGUGCAGUUGCAAUCUAUAUAGAUCAGUGGUUGUGAUAAGUUGCCGGGCAAUGCUUCCCCUUCCCCUUAUUCUUCGCGCGCCCAACAAAGAAAUUUUUCUCGUUUUCCUCUCCUCCCUUUGAAAGCGACUGGGGACGAGGCAAUGUUCGCACUGCUUGCUCCAACAAGGUUGUUCCAACUUGUUAUCGUCCUGCAAUUCAACCAUUUGUCAACAAGUUGUGAGUGACAACCUUGUAGCAACUUAAUGAAAUAACGCAUUGUUACAACUUAUUGUCAAGCUUGCUACAAGCCUGUUGCGAACACAUCUUGUUGACAAGUUGUGAGUGACAACCUUGUAGCAACUUGAUGAAAAUAAUUGUGAGGUUUUUGCUUGUGUGAGUGAAAUAAUUUUAUUUUCUUUUUAUGAAGAUGUGGACGAAUGCAAAACAAAUACUCAUACCUGCGACAAGAAUGCGUUAUGUAUGAACCAAUGGGGAGGAUAUAAAUGUCGUUGUAAUGACGGAUACGAAGAACAUAACAGUGGAAGAAUUUGCUCUAAGAAAGGUGAGAUUCCUGCGUCACGUCUGCAGACACUCAAGAUUUCUUGAACAUUCUGUGCCAGCCAUAGUGCCAGCACAGCUAGGUCGUGAGAAGAACACCAGAAAGGAUUUAACUACCUCAAAAUAACGAGUAAAACCUCGAAAAAUACAAGUAAAACCUCCCAACGAAAGUUUUACUUGUGUUGUUCAGGUAGUUGAAUAGACCUUAUGCGUAAUGACGUCACAAGGCUUGAUGCCCGGGAGGAAUGCUGGUCUUAGUAGUCAUCGCCUGGGAAAAUUACGAUAGUGGCCAUUUUGAAUUGUUUAAUUUUCCCAGGCGAUGACUACUAAGACCAGCAUUCCUUGCAGGCAUCAAGCCUUGUGACGUCAUUAUGCAUAAGGUCUAUUCUAUGUUUUCCAUUUUGUCCAGAUGAGGCGUCGAGAAGCAAUUCACUUCUUAUCAUCGUGAUCGUCGUCCCAGUGUGUUUGCUCGUUAUCGUGGUAGCUGGACUAGGACUCUAUUUUCACAGGUAACAUGCAUUUUGGAGGCUCUGUGUAACAACCAUGUUUUAUGCUGUUUUCGAUACUUGCCAAAUCUUACAACGUGUUCUUCUUUUAUAGGAAGAACAGAAAGAAACAAAAUGAACCAAACAACAAGAAUAAUGCUGAUGCACUGCUCAAGAAUGAAGAAGUUACCCAGCAUGUGUUCAAGUUUAACCCACAUGCUAAUAGGAAAACAAAGUAAGUGAAAGUUUUGAAUAGAAAAGUGGGCUCACCUCCUAUGCAAAAAUCUCACAACUUGUCAAGAAGAUGUGUUCGCAACAGGCUUGUCAAUAAGUUGUAACAAUGCUGUUAUUUUAUCAAGUCGCUACAAGGUUGCCACUCGCAACUUGUUGACAAAUUGUUGAAUUGCAGGACGAUAACAAGUUGUUGGAACAACUUGUGACAAGUCUGUUGAGCUCAACAACCUUGUAGCAAGUUGUGAACAACCGUUGGCAACUUGUCAACAAGCUGGGAACAAGCAGUGCGAACACAUCCUGUUGACAAGUUGUUGGAGCAUCAUUACUACAUGUUUGCUCAAGAUUUACGUUUUUACGUGUGCAGUUGCCAAUGUAUCAAUGUGAAACAAAGUUGUUUUUUGUUGUUACAGUACACCAGAGGGUACGUACGCAUUGUUCGAAUCUUCAGACGAGGAAAUAGAUUAUGAUGAUUACUAAGUAUGUCAAAAUACACAUUGGGUACUGUGAUGGAAAAAUAUGUAUUAUUCUUGCAAUAAAAUCUGGGUUUUGCUUGGCAACAUAGUGCAACGAUCUUGACAAAAUCCUUUGCGUCGUGCUGGCAAAACGUUUCCUAAAAAUCGAAUUAUUCAAAAAGAUAGCAGCCUUGUAGAGUCUUUGCAGAAACUUAAAUACUUUAUUUUAAUCCAGCUUGAAUACAUUUUUUUCCUGUUUUAUUCAAUAUCAUAGUAGUGGAAGUCAAAAUCUUGUUUUUCUGAAUAUGCAGAUACCAUGGAUAUAUUCGAAAUUCUGAAAGAUAAGAAAGAAAAAUGCUUGAGAAUAUAUCUAAUUUUAUUUUAUUUUAUUUUGUCAGCUUUAUUGGACGCAUAAAAAAACUACAAGGUAUCGGUGAAAUUGGCUUAUGCAAACGGGGA